AUGGCCUCUAUGACCAAUGUGUUGCAAAAACAACACCACAGCCUAGUUACAGCACAAGAUAUGAUGCUGCACCUCAAAGAGAUGUUUGGAGAACAAAGCAGAAGUGCACGGCAAACUGCUAUCAAAAAUCUCAUGUCCACCAAAAUGGUGGAAGGAACUCCAUUUCGGGAACAUGUCCUGAAGAUGAUUUCUUUCAUCAAUGAAUUGGAUAUAUGCUUGGUGCAGAAAUUGAUAUUUAUCAUGAACUAUAACAUGAAUAAGAUGGUAGUGACAUUGUUAGAGCUACUCAAUAUGUUGAAAGCAGCUAAGGAUCUCAUCAAGAAAGAAAAGCCUACUGUAAUGUUGGCUGAAAAGAUUGAUACUUCUCUUAAGUUGAAACCUAAGGGUAAGAACUUUAAGAGAAAAGGGUCUCAGUCAUUCAAUAAGGCUCAAGGUGACAAAGUGAAUAAGGACACUGAGAAAAAGAAAGCAAAAGGAAAUUGUUUCCAUUGCAGUAAGCUUGGUCAUUGGAAGAGAAAAUGUCGCCAUUAUUUGGCUUCUCUGAAGAAUGACAAACCUGCAGAAGUGAGCAUUGUGAGUAGAUAUCAAUCCAAUCCAGGUUCUAAGCAUUGGACAGAAGUGAAACAUAUCUUCAAAUAUUUAAAUAGAACCAAACAUUAUUUCUUGGUGUUUGGUGGUGAGGAUUUGACUGUCCAAGGGUAUACAGAUUCUGAUUUUCAAUCUGAUAUUGAUGAUAGAAAAUCAAUUUCUGGAUUUGUAUUCACUCUUGGAAAUGGAGCAAUAAGUUGGAGAAGUUGCAAGCAAGAUACUACUGCAGACUCUACUACAGAAGCACGGUAUAUAGCUGCAAGUGAAGCUGCAAAGGAAGCUGUGUGA